GCAGUGGGAGGGAGGGCUGCGUCUGUACUGCCUAGCAACUGCCGUUGUGGCCUCAACUGUCUUCCUCACGCUGUUCACUUCCUCCACCUGAGUGCGCAGUCAUGGCCUGGGCUACAAGAAUCUUGCGAGCCAGCAGAAGAGUGAAUACAGCCAGGGUAGAUUUCAAGGACUUUGGCAUAGCUCUAUGGCCCAGUCAGGUGAAGCGUGUCCCUCCCAACCGGGCCUGGUGGAGCCUCACCCCCACAUCUUCCAUGGCGACCGUGAAGAGUGAACUUAUCCAGCACACCAGCUCCGAAGAGCCCGUUCUCCACAGCAAGGUCUCCAUUGUAGGAACUGGAUCAGUCGGUAUGGCCUGUGCCAUCGGCAUCAUAGCAAAAGGCUUGACUGACGAGCUCGCCCUUGUUGAUAAUAAUGAAGAAAAAAUGAAGGGUGAGACGAUGGAUCUCCAGCAUGGCAGUGUCUUCAUGAAAAUGCCAAAUAUUGUUUGCAGCAAGGAUUUCCAUGUCACUGCCAACUCUGAGGUAGUGAUUAUCACAGCGGGUGCACGCCAAGAGAAAGAUGAGACACGCCUAAAUUUAGUCCAGCGAAACGUAACCAUCUUUAAGGCAAUGGUUGCAGAAAUUAUCAAGCACAGCCCUCGAUGCAAAAUUAUUAUUGUUUCCAAUCCAGUGGAUAUCUUAACUUUUGUAACCUGGAAGUUGAGUGGGUUUCCCAAAAACCGUAUUAUUGGAAGCGGCUGUAACCUAGAUACAGCUCGUUUCCGUUACAUGCUUGGACAGAGGCUUGGGAUCCACUCUGAAAGCUGCCACGGGUGGGUCCUUGGAGAGCAUGGAGACUCAAGUGUCCCUGUGUGGAGUGGUGUGAACAUCGCCGGUGUGCCUCUGCGAGAGCUGAAUUCAGCUAUAGGAACAAACAAAGACCCCGAGAAAUGGGGCGAUGUCCACAAAGAAGUCAUUGCCAGUGCCUAUAACAUUAUCAAAAUGAAAGGUUAUACUUCCUGGGCCAUUGGCCUGUCUGUAACUGAUAUUGCAGAGAGUAUUCUGAAGAAUCUCAGGAAAACUCAUCCAGUUACCACCAUAAUUCAGGGUCUCUACGGAAUCAAAGAAGAGGUGUUCCUCAGUGUGCCUUGUAUCCUGGGAGAGAAUGGCAUAUCUGAUAUUAUAAAGGUAAAGCUGAGCCCUACAGAGGAGGCCCAGAUGCUGAAGAGCGCAGAGACUGUUUGGAAAAUCCAGAAAGAUAUUAAGUUUUAAGUCACCCAUCUAAAGAUACUGAAGACAGAAAAUGCAGUGCACGGCCAAGUGUGGGGUGAAGGGGGGGGGGGUCCAAAAGCUGGAAGGUCUCUUGUUUAAGUCUCCUGUGUGUAGCAUCCAGCGGCUGGGUGACUGCUUUUUCAGUUUCUGGGUGGCGGCAUUAAAGGUAUUCUUGGUGUUAGAA